CUUAAGUUUUAUACACUGUUUGUCAAAUAUUUAUUUUUAUGAUUAAAAAAAUAAUAAGAAAAAUUGGUAUUUUGCACAUAAACAGAUAUUGUUAACCAUAUUCGAAUAUUUAAUGUUCUUCAACACACUAUUAACAUUGCGUCUUUCAGUGAUGAAUAUACGAAUUUUCUCUUCGUGUAUAUUCGAUAUCAAAAUCACUACCUGAUUCAAACAAGAUGAAUCACUACGAAUAUUUCCUUAUAGUUUUAUGUCUGCUUGUAAGCAGUGCAUCUUGUGAAGACAUGUUCGGUGAGAUUUCGCAGAAAUGUGAUUUCAAAGAUGUUCUCAAAGAAUCUCAACUUUCUUCUCUCAAAGAGCUGCCAGAAUUCAAAAAAUGUCAGGAUUGGGCUGCUAUAAGCUCAAUAAAAUCAGUAGAACAAUUAUCUGAGGAUAAUAAAAAUAAUAUAAGAUGUUUAUUGUACCAUGAAUCACUUGUUUCUGUGUGUAAAGAUUUGAAAAAACGAAAGAUUGAUAUGUAUGAUAUGUUAAGUAAUUCACCUACUAACAGAUCGUUGAAAGAUAUUUGCAAUAAUUCUUUUCCAAAUGUGCAAACAAAAUCGCAAGUUAUCUACAACUUAACUCAAAAUUAUGAGCAGUGUAAGUACCUAUGUCAAGAGUUACAAAAAGGAGCACUUGUUUUGGAUAUGAUGUGUAUUAAAUCUUACAAUUUCAUCACAUUUUCUAAAGAGAUGGAACAAAAUCAAACUUCUCUCAAUAAUGAAAUGCUUAGAGCUCAAGUUCCUUUAGUAGAAAAUCCAAACUCCUUUGAGGAAACAACUCAUCCAGAAAUUAAUAAAAAGAACCAUUUUAGUACUAGUGGAAUUAAAAGUGAAGAGGAACUCAUGGUAACUCCUAAAGGAAAUAAGGAUAAUGUAAAUGAAAUAAAUGAUGAAAAUUUAGAUGCCCGCUCUAACAUUCCUGUUGAAGAGAAAUUGAACAAAGAUGAGUUUAGUGGAAAUCUAAAUCAAAACAAAUACCCUUUAGCUAUUGAAAAAAAUAAAGAAAAUGCUUUACUUCAAAAUCUAAGUGACAAAAAACAUGCACAGAAAAAUCAAGAAAUAGAUUCACCUGAUAAUAUAACAAAUUCGAUACCCAGUAACCAAGUAAGCCUAAUUCAAGACAGUCAAGAAGAAAAACCAAAAUCUAAUACAGAUAAUAAAAAUAACGCUUCUUUGAACAAUCAAAAUGUGUCUCCUAAGAUUAUUAAUCAAAAUACUGCUCUUGAAGGUGAUUAUGAGGAGACUGAUAUAGAAACUCAAGACAAACCUGUGGAAGAGAAUGAAGCAAAACAGUCCAACACUCUGAUCGAUCCUGAUAAUGUGAAUGAAGAAGACGAUGAUGGCAUUCCAGAUAGAUUUAAAGCACCAAAAUUAGGCCAAUUGAGUGAUCGUUUCGAAUAUAAUGGUGACUUAAAUGGCAAUUCCAAUUUUUUUGGUUAUUUUUCCUUUACCUGCAUAGUUUUUGUGAUUGGAUAUAUUUUAUAUCACAACAAACAGAAGGUUCUAGCACUGCUUCUAGAAGGUAGAAAUUCAAGAAGGCCACAACGUACAAGAAGACCAAACUCUGCUAAUUAUCACAAGUUAGAUAGCAACCUUGAAGAAGCCAUUUCAUCUUCGGUUACCAAAAACCCCAGCCAUGUGAUUUAUUAAAUCAAAUUUCAUUCAAGUUAUGCUUCAGACAAAAAAAAAUAUCAUUGUAAAUACAUUUAAAUUAUGUUAAGAGUGAACACUUUUUACAUUGUUUGCAUUUCUUCAAUAAAAGUGAUAUUUAAGUUA